UCGUCUCCCUGUCAUUUUUCUCACACUCAAAACAGGAGCCUUUGCCUGUCAUUUCCCAAAAAUAUCAAAUUCAAGCUUAACCCAUACCAGUGUUCAUUCUUUUUCUCUGUAUUUAAGCCAAACCCAGAAAAUUUUAUCUGCAUUUAAGUUGAUCCCCUUCAUUGUUUUUUUUUUCAGUAUGGAUUUGAUUGAUGGAAUGGAGUUUUUGUUUCUCUUGUAUCAUUUGCUUGUAUAAGUUAAGCAGUCUCGAAUCCGGCUUUUAUACGAUGGGGGUUGACAAAGAAAGUUCGAGAAAUGGAGGAGGUUAUGUGGGUGGAUUUUUUCAGCUGUUUGACUGGACUGCGAAAUCUCGGAAGAAGUUAUGCUCAAGCAAGUCAGGUUUGCCAGAGCAAUCGAAGCAGGGAAAAAGAAGUGAUGGGAACUUGACGAUGACACAAUUCCAUCUGACCGAUGAGGAUGAAAUUGAAGCCACAAGCAUCAAAGGCAGUACUGAUUAUAGUUGCGCUUCCUCCAUCACUGAUGAUGAUGUGUUUGGAGCUAAGGCCCCUAGUGUGGUUGCCAGGCUUAUGGGAUUAGACUCCUUACCCACAUAUACUGAGCCAUACUCCACCCCUUUGUUCGACACUCAAUCUCUUCGAGAUGCUCAUAUCCGAAAUAGAAAACUUAGUUAUCAUCAUGAUCAACUAGUAGUUUAUCCUGGAGAUCUGUUCAGUAAGAUCGAGGGCCCUGCAAGGAAUUUUGUGGAGUCAAAGCCUCAAAAGACAGUCAGCAAGCCUAUUGAGAAAUUCCAAAUGGAAAGUUUACCCCCGAAAUCAGCUAAAACAAUUCCCGUCACCCACCAUAAACUUCUGUCUCCUAUCAAGAGUCCUGGUUUUAUUUCAACUAAAAAUGCGGCUCACAUAAUGGAAACUGCUGCGAGAAUCAUUCAGCCUAGCCCACAAGCUAUAGCUAAAGACAAAAUGCCUAUGGUUGGUUCAUCCUCAGUGCCGGUGAAAGUUCGUGAUUUCAAAGAAAGAAUGGAGGCUGUGCAGAAAAUGCCUCCGGUUGGAUCUUCUUCCCUGUCUUUGAAAGCUCGAGAUUUAAAAGAGAAAGCAGAAACUACACAUAAAACGUCGAGGCUCACUGAAAGUACUAGAAGGCCAGCUGAGUCAAAUGCAGCCAAGUAUCUUAAAGGACAAACUUUGAACAAGAGCUGGAAUGGAUUUACAGAGACAACAUCUCCCAGGACUUCUGAUACCGAAGAAAUCUCUUCUGCUUUAAAGAGUAAGGGGAAGUCGGUUUCACUUGCGAUUCAAGCUAAGUUCAAUGUGCAGAAAAGAGAAGGAUUGGCUUCGAGCAGCACCCGAAGUUUGUUAGGUCCUAAAGACCAGAGUGACGUUGUGUGUAGUCAACCCUUCAAGAGCCAACUGAGCACUCAAAAGACUUCUCAUAAGAAACCUUCAAUGCAAAAUUCUUCUGGUGUACUCAAGCAGAACAAUCAGAUGCAAAAUUCUAUAGCCGAUAAGGAAAAAUUACCUUCAAAGCCCACGUGUUCCAACUUGCGAAGUAGAAAAGUGCUCUCUGAUGACUCUGCAUUCGGGCAACACAGAAUGUCAGGAAAAGCUGCUGGGAACUCCAAAACUGGCUUGAGGAAGUCGAGUUUAGUUACUAGUACAAUGGAUGGGGAAAAAGAAGGUCCGUAUUCCUGUACAAAGAAUCCGAGGAAGAAAAGAUCGAUAGAUAGGGAUAUCCAUUUUGAGAAAAAUCAGGUUGUUGAUAGUGUGUUGAUUGAAAAAAAACAGAAGGAAGAUCAUCCUGUUAACGAAAGGAGCUUCAGCUGGGUUGAAGAUAGCAAGAAUAAAGGCAUGGAUGUUGUCUCAUUCACAUUCACAACCCCACUUACCCGUCCAAUGGAAAUAUCUGCUCAGGUUGCUGAGAAAAAUAGGGGCUUUUGCAUGGAUAAUCGAGGAAAGAGAUUGUUGCUUGACACCGACAGUAUGAAGUUGUCUUCAUCUGGAUAUAAUGUGAUAGGGGGAGAUGCUUUAAGUAAGCUUCUGGAACAAAAGCUAAGGGAAUUAACUAUUGCUGUCGAAUCAUCUAGCCAAAAGUCUCUCAAUUCAGGAUCGGCUUCUGGUUCUAUAUCUUUUUCACAAGAUAUGGGGCAUAGCACUCCUAAUGCUUGUAGUAGCUUGCCCAAGUUACAUGAUAAACUGGGUAGUUGUUACAGUUCCAACCUGUACUCCGCUGAUCUUCAACUGCUUCGGUUGAAACAAAAGCUUCAGGGAGGAGCUGAUGAAUGCAGUAGUAGCUCUCUUGAUGCAGUACAACCUAGUCCUGUUUCUAUCCUCGAGCCUUCUUUUUCAAUUGAAAGCUGCAACUCUUCAGAUAGCACAGAUAGUUUCAGCAUAGAAGAAAGUAAGCAGUGUUCAUUUGUUCAAUCUCGGGAAGUUCUCGGGCUAAGUGCUUUAAAGAAGUUGCUCCCGGUAGAAGCUGAUACAGAGUUAUCAGAUUCAGCGUCUUCCAUGUAUUCAAGAACAGUGGCUAAAAGUAAUGAAAAUUUUGUCUCCGUGAAGUCAGCCAACUGGGAACUAGAAUACGUGAAUCUAAUAUUGUGUAAUAUGGAGUUAAUGUUCAAGGACUUUGCCUUGAAUCGUGCUUGUGAAACUAUAAAUCCUCGUCUUUUCGAUCAGUUGGAGAGCCGAAGAGGUGGAUUCAGAUCUGAUGGUGGUGGGGAGUCGAGGCUAGAACGGAAGGUACUAUUUGAUUCAGUCAGUGAAUGCAUAGAUUUGAGAUGCAGACAGUAUGUAGGCGGAGGAUACAAAAUGUGGACGAAAGGGAUGAUGAUCCUGAGAAGAAACGAGCGGCUAGCUGAAGAAGUGUACAAUGAGAUAUGCAGGUGGAGAGGCAUGGGAGACUGCAUGGUGGAUGAGCUUGUGGACAAAGACAUGAGCAGCCAACAUGGAAAAUGGCUGGACUUUGAAGUCGAUGCAUUGGUACUCGGAGUCGACAUCGAGGGUCAAAUACUGAAUGCUUUGGUUGAUGAGGUUAUUACUGAGUUCUCUUGA